AUGGUCGAGAAAGCCGUCCGUCCCAAGCGCCAGAGAUCUGAGUCUCCGGCAAGUGCCAUAAGGGCCACUGACAGCGAAUAUUGGAAAAGGCGGCUAGCAGAGCAUAACGCAGAGCAAGAGCGGCGUUCUCUCAUGACCCCGAAAGAAAUCGCCGCAGAGAAUGGAUUGCAAUUACGACGCGAGCUCGCGGCUCAACCGGAGCUGACAUUUAUCCUGCAGCCAACACCUCCAGGUCACAUGGCUCGCGCGCAAUGCCGUGCACGAGCUUGCUCCUUUGCAGAGAGAGUCAUCAAGGAUGACUAUCGGGUUAUUCUUACCGCAGGAGAGCGCGAAUACUUCCAUGUGUCCUGCCUCGAGAAUAUGCUGGACCUUUCUUCUCUCGUUCCUUCGCGCUUCAAAUUAGACACGGGUACCUAUAAAUGGAACGAUGGUUGGCCUUGGACAUGGGGAUUGAUGCCGAGACUGUGGUUCGAGCACCGUGGUUGUGUCAAACUUAAAAGGAUUGCUGGAUAUAUCAAGGCGCGUCGAAAUUACGACGAAGACAACGGUUAUUUCAGCACGGAAUGGCUUAACUGGCAAUUUCACCACAAGGAAAAAUGCAACCGUGAUGACAGUUCUUGUGAAUGCCCUCCGCCGCCGGAACCGCCGGUGGAACCGAAACUCGAGAGCCAUGUUACAGAGGAAAGUGAAAGGUGUUCCCUUACGAAGCUGCUACGGCAUCGUACAUUACUCAGUCAACCUACACAAUACUUACACUGGCUGUCGCGGUCCCAACUAGUUGGUCCUCUUUAA